AUGUCGGCCUCUUCGGAGCUGAAGCGCGAGCGAGAGGUCCAAGGGUAUGCCCAGAGCUGGAAGGCCGCCCAAGGCUCCUCGCUCAACGUCGCCCUGAACGUCGACAGCAUCGAGCUGUAUGAACUACGCGGCAAUGGAUUCACUCCCCGAGCCUCCCGCGACAAGGCCCUCACGGCGUUUGCGCAGCUCGCCGUCUUUCGACUUGGCCUCACUCGAGGCAUGAUCUCGCUGAUAGACCAGAAUGCCCAGCACGUCCUGGCAGAAGCUACACGAAACCUGAAGCUGGUAGACCUGGAUGGACAAUCCGGACACGGCUCCUCCGCGCCCAACGUAAGCGCAAAUAGCAGUCCAAGUGUGAAAAGCAAUGCCAUUGCGCAUAAUGAUUUGUGGUUGGGAGCGUCUAUUGUCUCGCGAAGCGAGGCCAUCUGCGAGCAUGCGUUGACUAGCACCUGCACGGCCAAAGAUCCUGAUUGUGAUCAGACAUACACAGCGGCUGGUCUUAUUAUCCCUAACUGCCAGGAUGACCCUCGGUUCUGCAACCGGCCGUACGUCAAAUCUGAACCUGGUAUUCGCUUUUACGCCGCUGUGCCCAUCGUCUCUCGAAACGGCCACAAGAUCGGCGUCUACUCCGUCUCAGACGAGAAGCCACGCGACGGCCUGACCAUUGAUGAGCUGCAGUUCUUGCAAGGAGUGGCGCAAGCUGUGAUGGAACACCUCGAGUGGGCCCGGGAUCGUGUCGAUCGCUUUAAGGGAGAACGCAUCGUCCGUGGGCUCGCCGCCUUUAUUGAGGGUUGCGCCCCGCUGUGUGACGAGUCGAAGGAGCAAGUUCCAAAGAGCCCGUCGACGGUCCGCCCCCCUGAGAUGAGCUUGGUUGCAGCUAAACGUCCAAAUAUGACGCGAACCAAUUCACAAUUUCGAGGUAGUGCUGUGAAGUUGAAGGAGGUUGAUAAGCGCCGGAGAGCAUCGUCAGUAGAACUUCCACAGACUGAUACCGCUGCUUCGGCAGCACCACCACCGCCGGAGGCAAUGCCAUCACCACGAAAGAAAGCAAGCAACAAGUGUAAAGCUGAUGGAUUAUCCCGAAUGUUCCAUCGCGCAGCCGAGAUCUUGAGACAAGCAACAUUAGCCGACGGCGUUAUUCUAUUCGGAGCAACGACUACGGACAGCAAGGAGAUGCUGCGAGCGUUGCGGUUAGGCGGGAAUCGAUCCGACGACGACGACGAAGGUUGCUCGACUACCCAAUGUAACACGUCUGGGUCUGAGAAUGGAGCUGGUCUGGACAGUUCGGAUUCUGAGACAUCUCCCUCUGCAAGACCUUGCCAGAUUUUCUCGUACUCCCUUGCAGACGAGAAGGCCCGCGCAGGUAUCGAACAAGGUACUGCUUUGUCGCUCGGUGCUUUAGAAAAGUACUUCCGUCUCUUUCCACGAGGAAAAACCUUCUCGUUCACCGACGAAGGAUCAGGUCUUUCUUCCGAAGAUGAUAGUGCAAGUGACCGGGAGCCUCCACCUACACCUGAUGAGAACAGCGAGCAACAAUCUGGGCAGAGCCGACCAAGCCGCAAAGUUAAGAUGGACCACCGGGAACUACUGAAGAAGAUCCCGGGCGCUAAGUCUGUUGUUUUCGUGCCCUUAUUUGAUCAUGUUGAUGAUCGUUUAUAUGGCGGCUGUUUCCUUUGGACGUCGGUCAAUGGUAGAAUCAUGAACCUCGACGCAGAUUUGUCGUACCUCCGCGCCUUCAGCAACGCCAUUAUGAGCUCUGUCGGACGAAUCAACACGCAUAAGAACGAAGCAGCCAAGACGACUUUCAUAGCCAGCAUUAGCCACGAGCUUCGCAGUCCACUUCAUGGUAUUCUAGGUGCUGCCGAAUUCCUGAAGGACAUGGCAGCUGACCCCUACCAGACAGCAUUGAUUGAUUCUAUUUCUAUCUGCGGCAAGACUCUUCUCGACACCCUGAAUCACGUGCUUGACUACAGCAAGAUCAACCGAUUGGGUGGGCUGCAGAUGCGAAGAGGUGUGAGGCAGAACAAACUUAUAAAUCUGAACCCGGACUCGUUGGAGAGCAUGAACAUGACCGCUGUUGUGGACCUGGCAGUCGUCCUUGAGGAGGUAGUCGGCGCUAUUUCUGCCGGCCAUAUUUUCAAGCUCCCUGGCUCCCAUAUAUCGACAACCAACGAUGGCCUGACGACGUUCCUGCCUGCAGGGCCUUCCACUCCCGGCGCAGAGGGAUCAGUUUCAAUUUUACUAGACAUUGACCAUAAGAUCUCCUGGAUGGUGCGAACACAGCCUGGUGCUAUACGAAGAAUCAUCAUGAACCUCUUUGGCAACGCAUUGAAGUACACGUCAACAGGCUACGUCUUGGUAUCUCUCCGAGGCCAACUGAACUCCGACAAGUCGAGGAUCAACGCUCUGAUCCGUAUCGAAGACACUGGAAAAGGAAUGUCGGAAGAAUACAAGCGCAGCAGACUUUUCGUUCCGUUCAGCCAGGAGGACUCGUUCCAGCCCGGCACAGGAUUGGGUUUAAGCAUCGUAAAGCAGAUUGUUGAUUCCCUGCACGGCAAUCUCGAGGUCAAAUCCGAACAGUACAAAGGAACUGAAGUGGACGUUCGCUUACGGUUUACCCCUGGACCAUCUGGAGACUCAGCUCCCUUGGACGAUACGAUGCGAGCAACAGCCGAACGGACACGAGGGAAGCAGGUGGUUUUGUUGAAGGAACUGCAAUGCCCAGAGACUCAAGGAAGCCCGCCCACAUGCCAGAAGCUGACGGAUACGCUGUCCGAUACGUGCAAGAACUGGUUUGGCCUGAAGGUGGCUCAAGAAGGAUCUCCCGAUGCUGCUAACACUGAUAUUUUUGUCUACUGCGAACCGCCUCCUCACGAGAUUCUGGUCAGGCGUGUCCAGAAUCUUUUGAAGACCUCACCAUGCGAAAAGAUUCCAAUUGUCAUUGUCAUCUGCCCAAAUGCUGAGCAAGCUGUUCGCGUAAAACAGUGCCAAGAUGCAUCGUUGAGAAGCCUACCAGUUAUCGUUGAGGUGAUCCCGCAACCAUGUGGACCUAGGAAACUAGGCCGUGUGAUCAGCCACUGCCUUGACACGGCUGACAAGAUGGCUCUCAACCUUCCUCUGUCUCCCGAGGUCAGAUUGCCAACGUUCCCGCUGUCGUCCCCGCCGCUCCCAGUCGUCGCCCCUACCUCCCCGCUGCCCCUGAACCCCGAGACCCCAUCACUCGCAGCGGAAGUCCCUGCCCCGCCUCCUCCCCCGGGCCCGAAGUCGGGCAACAAUCUCCACCUCCUGCUGGUUGACGACAACGAGAUCAACCUCCGUCUCCUCGUCAUGUUCAUGAAGAAGUGCAGGUUCACGUACGAAGUGGCCGAGAACGGGCAGGAGGCCCUGGACAAGUUCAAGGCCGGGUGCCUCGACGGGCCCGGAGGCGGGAGCGCCAGACGCUUCGACUUCGUCCUGAUGGACAUCUCGAUGCCGGUCAUGAACGGCAUAGAGGCGACCAAGCACAUCCGCUCGUUCGAGCGCGAGAACAAGCUCCCGCGCUCCAACAUCAUCGCCUUGACCGGCUUGGCGAGCGAGGAUACCCGGCGGGAGGCGGACGCCGCCGGGGUGGAUAUCUACCUCCCCAAGCCGGUCAAGUUUGCGGAGCUGAAGUCGCUGCUCUCUACGGAGUAG